AUGCUCCUAUUCUUCUUUUUUCUCGAUACACAAAAAACAGUUCUGAUGAAGUCUACUCAGUUAGCCACGCUUGCUUCACUUGCCUCGGUUGCUCUUGCAGACCUUCCUACCUUGACCUCGACCAUCGUGUCUAGUUCAUGUUCUUUGGGGCCUUCUACGUUUAAGUUCUCAAAUGAUACUACGCCUGUGACACAUGUUACACCAGAAGCUGAAUCAACAUCCGAGCUUGAGUCCACACAGCUUCCCUCCUCCAGCUCCGAGGAGGUUAUUUACGAAACCGAUAUUGUCACCAAUGACAGCAUCUUCACCACUGACAGGGUCGUUUGCAAUGGUGGCUCUUGCUACACUACCACCGGUUUGGAAACCUGGGUCACCACCACCGACACCAUCGAUGGUAUCUUGACGACUUACUUGACUCACGUCCCUGUGACAUCCACUGAAGAGACUGAGGCUUCUGCAGCAGCCACAACCACUCAGGCUCCUGAGUCUGUCGUCACUGAGUCGGAGAUUGGCACCACUGUCGUGACCAUCACCUCCUGCUCUGACAACAAGUGCAAGCCUACUGCUGUUACCACCGGCUUGACUGUUGUGACUUCCACAAUCAAGGGCGCUGAGACCAUUUACACCACCUACUGCCCAAUCAGCUCUGAGCUGUCUGUCAAGCCCAAAAAGACUAUUCAGUCUACUACCGUCGCCACUGUCACAGUCUGUUCGGAAGAUGUGUGUCACUCCUCGGCUGUUACUACCGGUGUGACCGAGUUGACCAAAACUAUCCACGGCGUGGAGAGCAUCUACACCACUUACUGCCCAAUUGAGUCUUCCACCAGUGAGCAGCCUCCCACCAGUGAGCAGCCUUCGGAACCUGUGGAGGAGAUCACCUCGUCUAAGACUGAGUACAUCACCCUCAGCAAGUCCAAGGACUAUGAAACCAGCUCUCCAACGCCUUCUGGAACAGUGAAUGUCAUCACCAACAACAUUGUGACUCAAUACUCUAAGAGCUCCUCUGUUGCUUCUGUGGUGCAGAGCACUACUCCUCUUGUUUCCACGUAUGAAGGUGCUGCUGCCCAAGCUGCUCCUGCGGUUUUCGGCCUCAUUCCAAUCGUUCUCGCACUCAUGAAACAUCUCAUUGUGGCCAAAACGUCGGUUCUACAAGUGUUCCAAAUCUUGAGUGAAACGUCUGAUAAAUCUAAAGAGAGCCACCAAUUGAGCUUGGUGCUGCAAUACCGUUUACAGGGCAAGGUGACUGACUUGAAGCCGAUUCGUACUUUGGAAUCGCUCAACCUUGACUAUCUUUUAGUGUCUACCGAAAGUGCUAAAUUCUCUUGCAUAAAAUGGGAUGCAUCAAAACAUACCAUUCAAACAGUUUCAUUGCAUUUCUAUGAGCAUUUGAUGGAGGAAACCGCCUAUCAGCUAAACAAAAGCUCUCAGCUCAUCGUCGAUCCAAAUUCAAAUGCCAUGGCGUGCUUACGCCAAGCCAAUGUGCUCAUCUUUUUACCCUUCCACCAAGUUGAAGAUGAUGACGAUGACGAUGAUGAUGACACUGGCGAUGAUAUUGUUGAUGAUAACGGAGCCGAAGUAAACAACGAUCGUGAGAAGGAAGAACAACAUGAACCAACUUCUCCAAACACCAGUAAGGAUGAACGGGCUCCACUCGUUCCCCUGAUUGACGCCCUCGGUCCUAGGGCCAGAAAUAUCUCCUUAUUCGAAGAAAGUUUAGUGCUAGAGGUUAAUUCAUUGGAUAGCAGCAUUGGGGAAAUUAUUGAUUUGCAAUUCUUGGGUAAUUAUAGAAGGCCGACUAUCGCAAUUCUUUCCCAAACGAAGCGAACAUGGACUGGUCUUCUACCGGUCCAAAAGGACAACGUUCAAUUCACUGUUUUAUCUCUCAAUUUGCGAGCACAGUCAGCAACAACCGUUUUGAAGGUUGAGAAUUUGCCUUAUGACAUGGACAGAAUUUAUCCUGUCCCGGGACCAAUUCAUGGAAGUUUGCUAUCUGGAAGCAACGAAAUUAUUCAUGUUGAUGGUGGUGGUAUUCUACGUCGAAUUGCUUUGAAUGAGUACCUUGCAGAUAUCACAAACACGCUGCGUGCCUUCACGGAUCAACUGUCAUUCAAUCUUAAACUAGAAAAUUGUGUAUUUGUCAAGAUUCCAAACGAGACAAAACUUCUCAUGCUUCUAAAGAAUGGCCAAAGCUAUUGCGUAACAUUCGAUAUGGAUGGUAAGACCAUUAAACGAAUGGUGGUUGAGGCUUUUGAGUCUGAAUCAUUCCUGCAAUGGCAACUUCAGCUCCCCGGCGAAAUUGCUCUGUUAGAUGAUGAUUUGCUUUUCUUUGCAAGCAAUGCGUGCGAUGCGGCAUUGGUUAAGAUUAGUUCGUCAGACAUGUCGACGUCCGUUGAACUAAAUGAUAAUGUCAAAAGUGCUAACGAUGAUGAUGACGACGAUUUUUAUGAUGACUUGGAGGACAGCAAAGCAACCAAUGGAUCGAAGAGUGGAAGGUUGGAGCUCAAACACUACGAUUCACUUUCCAACAAUGGUCCGAUCUCCAAUUUUACUCUCGGCAAUUACAGCAGAGAGCGGUACGUCACCAAUUUGCCGAACCCAGAUUACAAUCUGAUAUCCAUUUUUUCUACUGGUGGUCUUAACGAAUCUAGUCAUGUGAACAUUUUCACCCCUACUGUGCAACCUGAAAUUAAAACGUCACUCACGUUUUCUCAGCUCAAUCGUCUUUGGACGCUCAACAACAAGUAUCUCAUAACUUCUGACGAUCCUAACAAUAAGUCAGAAAUUUUUGAUAUUACACAAUCUUAUGCUCGUUUACCAGCAAAGCAAUUUAUUCAUGAUGAGCUCACGGUGGCGAUGCAUGAAUUGAAUAAUGGAAACUUCAUACUUCAAGUGACUCCGAAGCAUGUUAUAUUAUUCAACAAUAAGUUUAAAAGGAUCGUUACAUUGGAUGAGCAACUACAAGAAUUUUCAGAUGCGGAUAUAAUAACAAGUGUGUUUGAUGAUGGGUUUCUAAUGCUAUUCCUCUCCACAGGAGAGUUGUUGAUUUUUACAAUCAAUACAUAUAGCAAAUCUUUCACUCGGAUUCCUUUACCGAAGUUAUUGGAUGACGUUCUUAUUACUACGGGAUACAUUACCAAUUCUAGGCUUCUCAAUGCUGUGACUAAAGAUCUUUCACUUCUCACCAAUAGGGGUCAAAAGCGUCGCCGAGAUGGAGAACAGACAUUGAAGGAAGGAGGCAAGGAUGAUCCCAAGUCCAAAAUUUUUCUCGUUGUUACUGGUGACAACAGAAUUGUCGUCUUCAACAGAUUCCAUAAUGAGAAGUGCUUUCAGUUAAACUCGGUUAACAAAUUCAGUGAUUUGGUUUCUCUUGGUUUUUUCGACAUCAAUGCAGGUGAGCCUGACCCAGUUAUCAAGCAGGUGGUUCUCAAUGAUUUGGGUGAUGAAACAAGCAAAGAAGAAUACCUCACCAUUUUGACAGUUGGUGGUGAAAUAAUAUGUUACAAACUAUUCUACGAUGGAGAGAAUUACAAAUUCCUCAAGGAUAUGGAAACCCCUAUCACGGGUGCACCACACAACGCAUAUCCCGAAGGUACCUCGAUCGAAAGAAGAUUGGUAUUCUUCCCAAACAUAAGUGGUUUCACUUGCAUUCUAGUCACGGGAAUUGUGCCGUAUUUUAUUGUCAAAGGUAGGAAGGCAAGUGUUAGGGUCUUCAAGUUCCUGAAUAUUCCGAUUGUGUCGUUCGUCCCCUUUAGUGACGACAAACUUCAAAAUGCCCUCAUCUAUCUCGACACAAAAAAGAAUGCCAGAAUUGUUGAGAUUCCUAAAACGUUCAACUAUGAGAAUAGACUUCCAAUGAGACGUGUCAAUAUUGGAGAAACCGUCAAGUCGAUAGCCUACCACGAGGGAUCGCACACCUUCGUCUUGGCCACUCUUAAGAAUAUCCCCUACAAUUGCGUCGAUUUUGAGGGAAAUCCUAUAUUUGGCUUGAAACCUAACAAGCCACGAGAGGUAUCCUAUAAAGGACUGAUAAAACUCUUGUCACCAAAGAAUUGGAGCUUCAUUGAUUCUAUCGAAUUAGAAGAAAAUGAAGUAGCUUUGCAUCUCAAAACGAUGCCUUUAGAUGUUGGCAGCUCCGUGAAGCGUUACAAAAACAGAAAAGAAUUUGUUCUCGUUGGUACCGGCAAAUACACUACGGAGGAUCUUGUGGCCAAUGGAGCUUAUAAACUUUUAGAAAUCAUUGAUAUCAUUCCUGAGCCUGGUAGGCCGGAAACAAAUCACAAAUUCAAGGAGUUUACCCACGAAGAUAUCCGUGGUGCUGUUACUUCGUUAUGUGAUGUAACUGGCCGUUUUCUCAUUGCACAGGGCCAAAAAAUUAUUGUCCGGGAUAUCAAGGAUAACAGCGCUGUGCCCGUCGCUUUUCUCGAUACUGCAGUGUAUGUGACAGAGACGAAGUCAUUUGGGAAUUUUGUGCUCCUCGGAGAUACGCUUAAAAGUGUUUGGCUAGCUGGUUUUGAUGCUGAACCGUUCAGAAUGCUCAUGUUGAGUAAGGAUGUUCAUGGCCAUGAUGUUGCAUGUGCAGAUUUCAUUGUGAAAGAUGGUGACCUUCAAGUUGUGAUUGCAGACAGUGGCGGUAUAUUGCACACUCUACAAUACAACCCAGAAGAUCCCGCGUCGUCCAAUGGUCAAAGACUUCUUCACAAGGCUACGUUCAACACAAACUUCUCCGUAUCUUGCAUGAAAAGUAUUCCAAAGUUCGAGCAGUUCAACCAGUCAGUGUCUAGUGAAAGGCAAGCCUUCCAAACUAUUGCGUCAACUGCAGAGGGUGCAUUUUUCACAGUAUUCCCCGUCGACGAAGCGAUCUACCGAAGACUCUACAUUUUGCAACAACAAUUGAUAGACAAGGAGUUUCACCCUUGUGGAUUGAACCCCAAACUGAACCGUCUAGGAAAUCGAAGUGUAACUGAUGGAACUUCGCGGCCACUUCUAGACUGUGAGUUGAUUCGGCGCUACGCAAAAUUGAACGAUGAUAGAAAGCAGACCUUGGUGCAAAAAAUUGGCUCACAUGCUGAGGUGGAGCUUUGGAAAGAUUUGGUCGAGAUGGAAAAUGUUCUUAAUAUUCUAUAG